AUGGCCGAUGACCAUGCCGCCAAGUCGAUCUCCUGCUACGGCGCAGGAAUCAACCACACCCCCAAUCUCGAUCGCCUCGCUACCGAAGGCAUGAAAUUCAAUCACUGCUAUGUAACCAACAGCAUCUGUACCCCAUCGCGGGCUGCAAUCCUCACCGGAACCCACAACCACGUCAACGGAGUCAUGACCCUCGACUCCAAAAUCAACAAGCACAUCCCAAACGUCGCAAAACAUCUCCGCACAGGCGGCUACCAAACAGCAAUGGUCGGAAAAUGGCACCUUGGUGAAGGGAAAGAUCAUGAGCCAACCGGAUUCGACCAUUGGGAAGUCGUCCCGGGACAAGGCGAAUACUUCGACCCGGAAUUCAUUAGUCCCAGCGGCAUUCAUCGAGAACCGGGGUAUGCCACGGAUAUCAUCACCGACAAGAGUCUAAACUGGAUUAAAUCCAGAGACGAGAAGAAACCUUUCUUCCUCAUGUGCCACCACAAAGCACCCCACCGCAGCUGGGAAUGCGACCCAAAACACAAACAUCUAUACAAGGACCCUGUCCGCCUCCCAGAUACUUUCACAGACGACUACAAGAACCGGGCCAAAGCAGCCUCCGUCGCAAAAAUGCGCGUCGCCGAAGAUCUAACCUAUACAGACCUCGGCCUCGCCCAACCAGACGGCGGAGCCUCCACCGUCGGAACCAAAAUGCUAGAUAAAUGGUGGUUCCACGACCGCAAAAUCCCUGCUCCCGAAGAUGUAUCCACGCUCAAACUAAUCGACAAAGACGAUGGCACAGUCUUCACAUUCUCUACUCCCGACGAACUAGCCGAAUUCAAAUUCCAGCGCUACAUGCAGCGCUACUUACGUACCAUCCAGUCCAUCGACGACAACGUCGGCCGCAUGCUGGACUUCCUCGAGAGCGAGGGUCUAGCCGAGAACACGAUGGUUAUCUAUACCUCAGACCAGGGAUUCUUCCUAGGCGAGCACGGCUGGUUUGACAAGCGACUCGUCUACGAAGAGAGUUUCAACAUGCCCUUCUUGAUCCGGUAUCCGGCUGAAGUUGUCCCCGGAUCCAUCUGCAACGAUAUUAUCAGUAAUGUCGAUUUUGCUCCGACUUGGUUGGAUUUCGCCGCUUGUCGGAAACCGUCGUACAUGCAGGGUGUUAGUUUCCGCCCCCUGCUGAAACAGAAUAAACCCGUCGACUGGCAGCAAGUUGCGUAUCAUCGAUACUGGAUGCAUCGGGAUGUGAUCCAUGAGGCGUAUGCGCAUUAUGCGGUGCGGGAUCAGCGGUAUAAGUUGAUUUAUUGGUAUAAUGAGGAUUUUGGAAUUGAGGGCACGAGGCCUGGUGGGGAGGAGAAGGAAUGGGAGCUUUUUGAUAUGGAGGAGGAUCCAUUGGAGCUGUUUAAUUGUUACCAUGAGAGUAAAUAUGCGGAUGUUGUUGUGCAUAUGACUAAAUUAUUGGAGGAGAAGAUGGAGGAGAUUGGUGAUGAGCCUGUUCAUCCACGCUGA